AUGCCGUCGCGGGUGGGACGGCGGGGGAGGCUGGUCCGUCUCCUUCUGAAUUUGCAAGCCCUGUACACCAUCGUGGGAGCCUGGAUCAGCGACAACAUUGUCGGACCCUGGACCAGCCUGUGGGAGGAGAUCACCAAGGCUGUCGUCCGGGGCUGGAUCAUCACAUGGCAGAGGUGGCUGAAUGCCUGGUCGGGCAUCUUACUGGCCCUCUUCCCCGGGGCGAGGAGGGAGGUCCGGGGCCGGCCGCGGGCCCACUCUGAGGCCUGGGGCGCCUGGCUCAAAGCCCUGCGGCGCGACUCGGGCGCCGGGGGCCUUUUCCAGCCGCUGCCCACCGGCGCCUUUGCCGCCAAGUGGGAGGACGGCCACGUCUGGACCGCCUCCGACUUUGUCCUGCGCGCGGGGUACCCUCUGGAGGAGCACACCGUGACCACGUCGGAUGGCUACAUCCUCACCAUGCACCGCAUCCCACGCACAGGUGGAAAGGAAGUCACGCUCUUCCAGCACGGCGUUCUGGACACCUCGCUGGGCUGGGUGGCCAACGGUUCGGUGGGCAGCCAGGCCUUUGCGGCCUACGACGCCGGCUUCGACGUCUGGCUGGGCAACUCGCGCAGCAACGCGCCGCGCAUGCACGCCGACCGCGCAUGCCAGGGCCUGCGGUACUGGCACUACAGCGCCAACGAGCAGGCCAUGGGCGACGUCGGGGCGCAGGUGGAGCACAUCCACGCCGUCAAGAUGGCGGAGCUGGGCGGGAGCAACGGCGGUGGCAACGAGAGGGAGCGCGGCGGGGCGGCGGGGGAGGGGACUGCAACCUCACACGCAGCAGGGCGAUUCCGCGAGGACGCACCGGCGACACGCUCCAGCAGCCGUCGGAGGAGGACAUCCGGCUCCAAUGGGGUGGCGCCACGGCGGGCGCCCUCGGCCGACGAGCUUCAAGGGGAUGAUGAGGGCGAGAGUCGACAGCCAGCGCCGCCGGCGCGGGACGACGCCACCCCGCUUCCGACCACCCACUGCAAGGGCCUGAGUUUCAGGAUCCCCGAGGAGCGCCGCGACCCCGCCCCCGAGCACCUGCCCUACAAUCUUCAGGGCGUGGGGCACUCCCUGGGCGCGGCCUGCCUGCUCAUGUACGUCACGGUGUGCCGCAUGCAGGGCCGGCCACAUCGCCUGCGGCGCCUGGUGCUCAUGAGCCCCGCCGGCUUCCACUCCCACGUGCCCAGGACCAUCGCGGCAUGCAAGUGGCUCAUGCCCUGGGCCGCGCGGCUGAUGGACCUGGUGCUGCCCGGGCGCGGCCUGGGCCUGCGCCUGCCCAGCCCCUUCCUGCGCUACGUCACCUUCAAGCUGACGCUCGACCUGAGCGAGCUCCCCGCCCUGCAGUCCCUGGUGCGGCGCAGCAUGCAAGCCCUCAUGUCCGGCGACGGCAGCGAGUGGGACCUGGCCAUGCAGAUGCCGCACUACAACUCCACCUCCAUGCCCGCCGUCAGCCUGCACACGGGAGCCCACUUUGGGCAGUGGGCGCGCGACCCCGCCUUCCGCCUCUUCGACCACGGCUCGGCCGCCGCCAACCGCGCCGUCUACGCCGCGCCGCGCCCGCCCAGCAUCGCGCACAACUACCGCCUCCUGGACGUGCCCGUGGACUUGGUGGCCGGCACCUCCGACCGCGUCGUCGGCGUGGAGGACGUCAAGAUGCACGCCAGGUGGCUGGCGCGCUCGGGGCAGCCCAUCCACCUGCGCGAGUUUGAUGUCGGCCACAUGGACCUGACCUUUGCAGUGAAGCCGGAGCUGAGGGACCAUGUGCUGCGCCGCCUGCUGCGCCCGCUGUGA